CGGUUCCGGGUACUCGUUAGCCCCACUCAGCCUCGGGGCGACCCAUCGGGCCGCCGCCCCCAGACGAGGGCGGGGCCGCCGCGGGGAGGGGCCUGAGCGGGUUUAAAUUUGGGCGGCGUCGCAAACGGGCCGAGGAGCGAGUGGAGGCACUGCGUGCUGAGCUCUGGGGUGCCGUGCGGACAGGCGCAGACACAGUGGACCUCCGGUGAGAGUUCUGCACGACCAGCCAGACGUGAUGAAUGGCCACGUCUCUCCUCCUCUUGAUGUCCUGGUCACCAACAACACUGAGCCAGCCAUCGUCCCCAAUACCAUGAAGGCCGUGCUGGGAGCUGGCACGCCCUCUGGGCCCCAGGCUGAGGCAGCGUUGUCCACCCAGGCUAGAAGCAUCGCUGGGGUGUAUGUGGAGGCCUCGGGCCAGGCCCAGAGUCUCUACACUGCCAUGAAGCAGGGCCUCCUACCUUGUGGGCUCGGGCUGGCUCUGCUGGAGGCCCAGGCGGCCACUGGGGGCCUUGUGGACCCUGCCCAGGGCCAGCUGCUCCCCGUAUCUGAGGCCCUGCAGCAGGGUCUGGUGGGCCUGGAGCUGAAGGAGAAACUGCUGGCUGCCGAACGCGCGGUCACUGGGUAUCCAGACCCCUAUGGGGGUGGGAGGCUGGCCCUCUUCCAGGCCAUCGGGAAGGAGGUUGUGGACAGGGCACUGGGGUGGAGCUGGCUAGAGGCCCAGCUAGCCACUGGGGGCCUGGUGGACCCCAUCCGGGGCGUGCGUGUGGCUCCAGAGCUGGCCUGCCAGCAGGGCCUCCUGGAUCAGGAGACAUGGCAUAGCCUGUCGGAGCACGAGUCCGGCGCGGGUGCCCUGGGCUUCCUGGAUCCCAGCACUCUGGAGCGGCUGCCGUACCGUGAGCUGCUGGGCAGGUGUGUGCGAGCCCCUAACACAGGGCUGGCCCUGCUGCCCCUUAAGAUCACUUUCCGCACCCUGAGUGGGGCGGUGAGCUUGGCAGAGCUGCUGGAGGCAGGGGUCCUGGACAAGGAGACGGCCCACGGCCUGCAGGAGGGCAGGCUGGCGGUGCUGGACGUGAGCGCACGUGCCGAGGUGCAGCGCUACCUGCAGGGCACUGGUGGCGUGGCAGGGGUCGUCCUGCUGCCCGCUGGCCUCAAGAAGAGCUUCUUCCAGGCCGUCACCGAGCACCUGCUCCCAAUGGGCGCUGCGCUCCCACUCCUGGAGGCUCAGGCCGCCACCUGUGCGCUGGUGGAGCCAGCUACCGGCCGGCGGCUGUGGGUAGAUGAGGCAGUCAGGGCAGGCCUGGUUGGCCCAGAGCUCCACAGGCAGCUCUUGGUGGCAGAGCAGGCGGUGACGGGGUACCAUGAUCCCUUCAGCGGCACCCGCAUCCCCCUCUUCCAGGCCAUGAAGAAGGAGCUGGUAGACAGGCCUCUGGCGCUGCGGCUCCUGGAUGCCCAGCUGGCCACAGGCGGGCUAGUGUGUCCAGCCCGCAGGCUCCGGCUGCCCCUGGAGGCUGCCCUGCACUUUGGCUGCCUGGACGAAGAGACUCAGCUGUGUCUCUCACAGGCCGCUGGCUUCUCGGACUCCAGCACACAGGAGAGUCUGGGCUAUGGGCAGCUGCUGGCCCGCUGUGUCACCGACCCAGAGACGGGGCUGGCCUUCCUGCCCCUCUCAGCAGGGGCCCUCAAACAGGAGCCACAGGGACCCCCGUUCAUCGAGCACAGCACGCGGCAGGCCUUGAGUGCAGCCAUGACCACUGUCUCCGUGGGCAAGUUCCAGGGCCAGCUCGUGUCGCUCUGGGACCUGCUCUUCUCCGAGGCAGUCCCUGUGGAGCAGAGGGCGACGCUGGCCCAACAGCACAAGGAAGGGGCCCUCUCGGUGGAAGAACUGGCAGCUACGCUGAGGGCCACCCUUGAGCAGGCUGCAGCCAAUGCCAGGAUCACCUUUGCUGGGCUGAGGGUCGCUGUGACACCAGGAGAGCUGCUGAGUGCAGAGAUCAUCGACCAGGAUGUGUAUGAGCAGCUGGAACGAGGACAGACCACGGCCCAGGACGUGGGCAGCCUGGACUCGGUGCAGAGGUACUUGCAGGGUACCGGCUGCCUUGCCGGCCUGCUGCUGCCCGGCUCCCAGGAGCGGCUCAGUAUCUAUGAGGCUCGCAGGAAGGGGCUGCUCAGGCCCGGCACAGCCCUCAUCCUCCUGGAGGCGCAGGCGGCCACAGGCUUCAUCAUUGACCCAAAAGAAAACGAGAGGUAUUCCGUGGAGGAGGCGCUAAGGGCCGGUGUCAUCGGGCCUGACGUGUUUGCAAAGCUGCUGUCAGCCGAGCGUGCCGUCACGGGCUAUACCGAUCCCUACACCGGGGAGCAGAUCUCCCUCUUCCAGGCCAUGAAGAAGGGCCUCAUCGUCAGGGACCACGGCAUCCGCCUGCUGGAGGCCCAGAUCGCCACAGGCGGCAUCAUCGACCCUGUGCACAGCCACCGCGUGCCCGUGGAGGUGGCCUACCAGCGCGGCUACUUCGACCAGACGUUGAACUUGAUCCUGGCGGACCCGAGCGACGACACCAAGGGCUUCUUCGACCCCAACACGCAUGAGAACCUCACCUACAUGCAGCUGCUGGAGCGCUGCGUGGAGGACCCCGAGACGGGCCUCUACAUGCUGCCGCUCAGCUGCACACAGCCCCCGCUGGUGGAUGGCGCCACCCGGCAGGCCUUCCAGCGCCUGCUGCUGUCGGUGAAGUACGGGCGGUUCCAGGGGCAGAGGGUCUCUGCAUGGGAGCUGAUCAACUCGGAAUGCUUCAGUGAGGACCAGAGGAGGCAGCUCCUGCAGAACUACCGGCUGCGCAAGGUCUCUCUGGAGCAGGUCGCACAGCUGCUGGAGAGAGAGAUGGGGAGGUGGGCAGACAUCACACUGCCCACGCUACGGGGCCGGGUCACUGCCUAUCAGCUCCUAGAGGCCCACAUCAUUGACCAGGAGCUCCUGGACCAGGUGCUGGAGGGGGCAGUCAGCCCCGAGGCUCUCCUCCACAUGGACAGUGUCCACAGGUACCUGCGUGGCUCGGGCGCCGUGGGCGGCGUGCUGUUGCAGCCCUCCAACCAGCGGCUUGGCCUCUACCAGGCCAUGAAGCAGAAACUGCUGGGGCCGGGAGUGGCCCUGGCCCUGCUGGAGGCCCAGGCAGCCACCGGAGCCAUUAUCGACCCCCACAGCCUGGAAGCCCUGUCGCUGGAUGAGGCCGUGCGCAGGGAGCUGGUGGGGCCAGAGCUGUAUGGCAGGCUGAGACAGGCCGAGGAUGCCAUCACUGGCUGUAGAGACCCCUUCUCUGGGAAGCGGGUGUCCCUGUUUGGGGCCAUGAAGAAGGGACUUGUCCCUGUGGAGCAGGCUACCCGCCUCCUGGAGGCCCAAGUGGCCACAGGAGGGGUGAUUGACCCCACCGGCCACCACCACCUCCCCAUGUCCGUGGCUACCCAGCGUGGCUGCAUUGACCAGGAGAUGGAGACGGCCUUGUCCAGCUCCUCUGAGACCUUCCCCACCCCAGACGGCCGGGGACACACCAGCUACACCCGGCUUCUGGAUCAGUGUCUGAGGGAUGAGGCCUCUGGCCUUCACCUCCUGCCCGUGCCAGAAAGUGCUCCUGCUGUCCCCACAGACGAGCAGGUCCGGGAGACGCUGCAGGCUACACAGGGGGCUGAGGAUGGCAGGUCCCUCUGGGACCUGCUGGUCUCCUGCCACUUCACAGAGGAACAGCGCAGGGGCUUCUUGGAGGACUUCAGGGUGGGGAAGACCACCGUGCAGCAGCUGCAGGCGGCUGUGUGGAGGUGGGUGCAGGAGGUGGAGCUCCUGGCACGGGCCCGUGUCACAGUGCCAGGCCCUCGGGGCGAGAUCCCCGCCGUCUGGCUGCUGGAUGCUGGCAUCAUCACCCAGGAGGCCCUGGUGGCUCUGGCUCAGGGCACGAGGUCGCCCGCCGAGGUUGCCGAGCAGCCCGAGGUGAAGGCCUGCCUGUGGGGCACGGGCUGUGUGGCGGGCGUCCUGCUGCAACCCUCGGGGACCAAGGUGAGCAUCACCCAGGCCAUAAGGGACGGCCUCCUGCCCGUGGGUCUGGGGCAGAGACUGCUGGAGGCCCAAGUGGCAUCUGGCUCCCUUGUGGACCCUCUGACCAACCAGAGACUGUCAGUGGAAGGUGCGGUCCAGGCUGGUCUGGUGGAUGGAGCCCUGGGUGAGCAGCUCCGGCAGGCUGAGGUGGCGGUGGCUGGGUACACGGACCCUUACUCGGGGGGCGCCCUCUCGCUGUGGCAGGCCAUGGAGAAGAGGCUUGUGCCCCAGAGCGAGGGCUUCCCCCUUCUGCAGGCACAGCUGGCCACAGGGGGCGUGAUGGACCCCAUCCAUGGGGUGCACCUGCCCCAGGUGGCAGCCUGCAGACUUGGCCUCCUGGACGAGCCAACACACCGGGCGCUGACCACGAAGGAUGAGGACAGCAAGUUCUUCUUCGACCCCAGCGUGCGGGACAUGGUGACAUACCAGCAGCUCAAGGAGCGCUGUGUCCUGGACGCCGACACUGGCUUGUGGCUGCUGCCGCUCCCCCAGGACGUGGCGCUUGAGGUGGACAACCACACGGCGGUGGCCCUGAGGGCCAUGAAGGUGCCCGUUGGCACGGGGAGGUUCAAAGGACUCAGCGUGUCGCUCUGGGACCUGCUGCACUCGGAGUAUGUCAGCAUCCACCAGCGGCGGGAGCUGGUGGCGCUCUGCCAGUCCGGGAGGGCCACAGCCCUGCGACAGGUGGUCAGCGCUGUCACUGCUCUGGUUGAGGCCUCAGAGAAGCAGCCCUUGAAGGCCGCCUUCAGAGGGCUCCGGAAGCAGGUGUCAGCCAGCGACCUGUUCAGAUCCCAGCUGAUCGACAAGAAGACGCUGGACGAGCUGAAUCAGGGGAGGAGGACCGUGCAGGAGGUGACGGAGAUGGACAGCGUGAGGCAGUUCUUGGAAGGAGGCAACUUCAUCGCCGGGGUCCUUGUCCAGGGCACGAAGGAAAGGAUGAGCAUCUCAGAGGCCCUGAGGAGGCACGUCCUACGGCCAGGCACGGCCUUGGUGCUGCUGGAGGCACAGGCUGCCACGGGCUUCCUCAUUGACCCUGUGGAGAACCGGAAGCUGACCGUGGAGGAGGCGUUUGCAGCAGGGAUGUUUGGCAGGGAAACCUACCAGAAGCUGCUGUCAGCCGAGCGCGCCGUCACAGGCUACACCGACCCCUACACCGGGGAGCAGAUCUCCCUCUUCCAGGCCAUGAAGAAGGGCCUCAUCGUCAGGGACCACGGCAUCCGCCUGCUGGAGGCCCAGAUUGCCACGGGCGGCAUCAUCGACCCCGUGCACAGCCACCGCGUGCCCGUGGAGGUGGCCUACCAGCGCGGCUACUUCGACGAGGAGAUGAACCGCGUCCUGGUCGACCCGAGCGACGACACCAAGGGCUUCUUCGACCCCAACACGCACGAGAACCUCACCUACCUGCAGCUGCUGGAGCGCUGCGUGCGCGACCCCGAGACGGGGCUCUACAUGCUGCAAGUUGUAAAGAAAGGAGAAACCUACAUGUAUGUUGAUGAAGCCACAAGGCAAGUUCUGCAAUCCAAAACUACGAAGAUGCACGUGGGGAGGUUUGCGAAUCAGAUGGUCUCCUUCUGGGACCUGCUGUCCUCCCCGUAUUUCACAGAGGAAAGGAAGCGACAGCUUGUCCAGGAGUACAGAGCCCAGAAAUUGCACAUAGAGCAGUUGCUGGAGGUCAUUACCACGACAAUCAAAGAAACAGAAGAGCAAAACCAAGGCAUCACGGUAGCAGCCAUUGGCGGGGAGGUGACAGCUGCAGAGUUAUUCAACUCUGAAAUCAUUGAUAAAAAGACCCUGGAUACACUGCACAGGGGGCAAGGACGGGGGCAGGACCUCAGCAGGCUAGAGCACGUGAAAAUCUACCUAGAAGGCAGUGGCUGCAUUGCAGGGGUGACUACACCUGCCACCCAGGAGGUGAUGAGUUUCUACGAGGCCAGCAGGAGAGGACUCAUCCCCAUGGGGUUUGCGACUCAGCUGCUGGAGGCGCAGGCAGCCACAGGGUUCAUGCUGGAUCCCCUCAGCCACCAGAGGCUCUCGGUGGACGAGGCCAUGGCUGUCGGCCUGGUGGGGGACGAGUUGCAGGAAAGGCUUCUGAAUGCUGAGAAGGCUGCCAAAGGCUACACGGACCCAGCCACAGGAGACACGAUCCCACUGUUCCAGGCCAUGAAAAGGAAGUUAGUGAAACAGGAGGAGGCACUCAGACUGCUGGAGGUGCAGGUGGCCACAGGGGGCAUCAUCGACCCACUGCACCACCACCGGCUCCCGCUGGACACAGCCUACAGACGAGGCUGUCUGCACCAGGACGUGUACCCACUCAUUUCAGGUCAGAGGGGCAUGAAUAAAAGGUUUGUGGAUCCCAACACGCGAGAGAAGGUGACAUACCAGGAGCUGCAGGAGAGGAGCCGCCAUGAAGAGGGGGCAGGCUGGGCUCUGUUUCCUGUGGUCAGCGAUGGGAAGGACUCCGAGUAUAUCGAUGAGGCAACAAGAAGUGCCCUCGAGGCUGAGCGGAUAGAGGUCACGGUGGGAAGGUACAGGGGACAGACGCCAUCAGUGUGGGAGCUGCUGAACUCCGAAUAUGUGACAGAGGAGAAGAAGCUCGAGUUAGUAGGUGAAUACAAAAGAGACACAGCACGUGCACUAGAAAAGGUAGUAAAAGUUAUACUUCAAAUAAUUGAUGAGAAGGAAAAGAGCCAUAAACAAUUAUGGUUCAGAGGCAUCAGAGGACAAAUCAGAGCGGCUGACCUCUUCCACUCUGCAAUCAUAAGCAAGGAGACGCUGGAGGAACUGGAGAGAGGAGAGAGCACAGUGGAAGACAUCAAGGAACGCGAAGAAGUCAAGCGCUACCUGGAGGGCACGAGCUGCAUCGCGGGCGUGCUGGUGCCCGCCAAGGACGAGCCGGGGCGGCAGGAGAAGAUGAGCAUCUACCAGGCCAUGUGGAAGGGCGUCCUGCGGCCGGGCACGGCCCUGGUGCUGCUGGAGGCGCAGGCGGCCACCGGCUUCGUCAUCGACCCCGUGCGCAACCAGAGGCUGUCCGUGGAGGAGGCGGUGGCCGCGGGCGUGGUGGGCAGCGAGAUCCAGGACAAGCUGCUGUCGGCCGAGCGCGCCGUCACGGGCUACACCGACCCCUACACCGGGGAGCAGAUCUCCCUUUUCCAGGCCAUGAAGAAAGACCUCAUCGUCAGGGACCACGGCAUCCGCCUGCUGGAGGCCCAGAUCGCCACGGGCGGCGUCAUCGACCCCGUGCACAGCCACCGCGUGCCCGUGGAGGUGGCCUACCAGCGCGGCUACUUCGACGAGGAGAUGAACCGCGUCCUGGCGGACCCGAGCGACGACACCAAGGGCUUCUUCGACCCCAACACCCACGAGAACCUCACCUACGUGCAGCUGCUGCGGCGCUGCGUGCGCGACCCCGACACGGGGCUCUACAUGCUGCAGCUGGCCGACCGGGGCUCCGCCGUGCACCAGCUGAGCGAGGAGCUGCGCGGCGCCCUGCGCGAGGCCCGUGUGACGCCGGGCUCGGGUGUCCUCCAGGGCCAGAGCAUCUCCGUCUGGGAGCUCCUCUUCUACCGGGAGGUGUCCAAGAGCCUGCGGGAGGACCUGCUGCGCCGGUACCGGGCGGGCACACUGACCGCGCAGGAGGUGGGCGCCGCCCUCACCUCGCUGCUAGCCCGGACCGAGGACGGGAGCCCGCGCCCGGCCGCCCCAGACCCUCGGGGGACCCUGCGUGCCGCCACCAUGGAGGUCAAGGUGGGCCGCCUGCGGGGGCCGGCGGUGUCCGUGUGGGACGUGCUGGCGUCCAGCUACGUGGCCGGCGCCACGCGGGAGCAGCUGCUGGCCCAGUUCAGCUCGGGGACGCUGGGCUUGCCCGCACUGACCCGCAGGCUGACCAGCAUCAUCGAGGAGGCCGAGGCUGCCCACGGGACCGAGCAGGCGCAGGUGCAGGCCGCCGCAGGCCAGCCGGAGCUGGGGCCACCAGGGCGCAGUGAUGCCGACGCCGAGGCCGCCCGUCGCCUCCAGGAGCAGGCCCUAAGUGCCGCCACCAUGGAGGUACAGGCCGGGCAGUUCCGAGGGCAGCUGGUCUCCGUGUGGGAGGUCCUCUUCUCCUCCUAUCUGAGCCCUGCCCGCAGGGACGAGCUCCUGGCCCAGCAUGCGGCUGGCGCCCUGGCCCUGCCCGCCCUCGUGGCCAUCCUCACCCAGGUCAUCGAGGAGACGGAGGAGCGGCUGAGCAAGGUGUCCUUCCGGGGCCUGAGGCGCCAGGUGUCCGCAUCCCAGCUGCGCACGUCCGGGAUCCUGGGCCCCGAGACCCUGUGGGACCUGGCCCAGGGCACCAAGACCCUGCAGGAGGUGACAGAGAUGGACUCGGUCAAGCGCUACCUGGAGGGCACGAGCUGCAUCGCGGGCGUGCUGGUGCCCGCCAAGGACGAGCCGGGGCGGCAGGAGAAGAUGAGCAUCUACCAGGCCAUGUGGAAGGGCGUCCUGCGGCCGGGCACGGCCCUGGUGCUGCUGGAGGCGCAGGCGGCCACCGGCUUCGUCAUCGACCCCGUGCGCAACCAGAGGCUGUCCGUGGAGGAGGCGGUGGCCGCGGGCGUGGUGGGCAGCGAGAUCCAGGACAAGCUGCUGUCGGCCGAGCGCGCCGUCACGGGCUACACCGACCCCUACACCGGGGAGCAGAUCUCCCUUUUCCAGGCCAUGAAGAAAGACCUCAUCGUCAGGGACCACGGCAUCCGCCUGCUGGAGGCCCAGAUCGCCACGGGCGGCGUCAUCGACCCCGUGCACAGCCACCGCGUGCCCGUGGAGGUGGCCUACCAGCGCGGCUACUUCGACGAGGAGAUGAACCGCGUCCUGGCGGACCCGAGCGACGACACCAAGGGCUUCUUCGACCCCAACACCCACGAGAACCUCACCUACGUGCAGCUGCUGCGGCGCUGCGUGCGCGACCCCGACACGGGGCUCUACAUGCUGCAGCUGGCCGACCGGGGCUCCGCCGUGCACCAGCUGAGCGAGGAGCUGCGCGGCGCCCUGCGCGAGGCCCGUGUGACGCCGGGCUCGGGCGUCCUCCAGGGCCAGAGCAUCUCCGUCUGGGAGCUCCUUUUCUACCGGGAGGUGUCCGAGAGCCUGCGGGAGGACCUGCUGCGCCGGUACCGGGCGGGCGCGCUGACCGCGCAGGAGGUGGGCACCGCCCUCACCUCGCUGCUGGCCCGGGCCGAGGACGGGAGCCCGCGCCCGGCCGCCCCAGACCCUCGGGGGACCCUGCGUGCCGCCACCAUGGAGGUCAAGGUGGGCCGCCUGCGGGGGCCGGCGGUGUCCGUGUGGGACGUGCUGGCGUCCAGCUACGUGGCCGGCGCCACGCGGGAGCAGCUGCUGGCCCAGUUCAGCUCGGGGACGCUGGGCUUGCCCGCACUGACCCGCAGGCUGACCAGCAUCAUCGAGGAGGCCGAGGCUGCCCACGGGACCGAGCAGGCGCAGGGGCAGGCCGCCGCAGGCCAGCCGGAGCUGGGGCCACCAGGGCGCGGUGAUGCCGACGCCGAGGCCGCCCGUCGCCUCCAGGAGCAGGCCCUACGUGCCGCCACCAUGGAGGUACAGGCCGGGCAGUUCCGAGGGCAGCUGGUCUCCGUGUGGGAGGUCCUCUUCUCCUCCUAUCUGAGCCCUGCCCGCCGGGACGAGCUCCUGGCCCAGCAUGCGGCCGGCGCCCUGGCCCUGCCUGCCCUCGUGGCCAUCCUCACCCAGGUCAUCGAGGAGACGGAGGAGCGGCUGAGCAAGGUGUCUUUCCGGGGCCUGAGGCGCCAGGUGUCCGCGUCCCAGCUGCGCACGUCCGGGAUCCUGGGCCCCGAGACCCUGCGGGACCUGGCCCAGGGCACCAAGACCCUGCAGGAGGUAACAGAGAUGGACUCGGUCAAGCGCUACCUGGAGGGCACGAGCUGCAUCGCGGGCGUGCUGGUGCCCGCCAAGGACGAGCCGGGGCGGCAGGAGAAGAUGAGCAUCUACCAGGCCAUGUGGAAGGGCGUCCUGCGGCCGGGCACGGCCCUGGUGCUGCUGGAGGCGCAGGCGGCCACCGGCUUCGUCAUCGACCCCGUGCGCAACCAGAGGCUGUCCGUGGAGGAGGCGGUGGCCGCGGGCGUGGUGGGCAGCGAGAUCCAGGACAAGCUGCUGUCGGCCGAGCGCGCCGUCACGGGCUACACCGACCCCUACACCGGGGAGCAGAUCUCCCUUUUCCAGGCCAUGAAGAAAGACCUCAUCGUCAGGGACCACGGCAUCCGCCUGCUGGAGGCCCAGAUCGCCACGGGCGGCGUCAUCGACCCCGUGCACAGCCACCGCGUGCCCGUGGAGGUGGCCUACCAGCGCGGCUACUUCGACGAGGAGAUGAACCGCGUCCUGGCGGACCCGAGCGACGACACCAAGGGCUUCUUCGACCCCAACACCCACGAGAACCUCACCUACGUGCAGCUGCUGCGGCGCUGCGUGCGCGACCCCGACACGGGGCUCUACAUGCUGCAGCUGGCCGACCGGGGCUCCGCCGUGCACCAGCUGAGCGAGGAGCUGCGCGGCGCCCUGCGCGAGGCCCGUGUGACGCCGGGCUCGGGCGUCCUCCAGGGCCAGAGCAUCUCCGUCUGGGAGCUCCUCUUCUACCGAGAGGUGUCCGAGAGCCUGCGGGAGGACCUGCUGCGCCGGUACCGGGCGGGCGCGCUGACCGCGCAGGAGGUGGGCGCCGCCCUCACCUCGCUGCUGGCCCGGGCCGAGGACGGGAGCCCGUGCCCGGCCGCCCCAGACCCUCGGGGGACCCUGCGUGCCGCCACCAUGGAGGUCAAGGUGGGCCGCCUGCGGGGGCCGGCGGUGUCCGUGUGGGACGUGCUGGCGUCCAGCUACGUGGCCGGCGCCACGCGGGAGCAGCUGCUGGCCCAGUUCAGCUCGGGGACGCUGGGCUUGCCCGCGCUGACCCGCAGGCUGACCAGCAUCAUCGAGGAGGCCGAGGCUGCCCACGGGACCGAGCAGGCGCAGGGGCAGGCCGCCGCAGGCCAGCCGGAGCUGGGGCCACCAGGGCGCGGUGAUGCCGACGCCGAGGCCGCCCGUCGCCUCCAGGAGCAGGCCCUACGUGCCGCCACCAUGGAGGUACAGGCCGGGCAGUUCCGAGGGCAGCUGGUCUCCGUGUGGGAGGUCCUCUUCUCCUCCUAUCUGAGCCCUGCCCGCCGGGACGAGCUCCUGGCCCAGCAUGCGGCCGGCGCCCUGGCCCUGCCCGCCCUCGUGGCCAUCCUCACCCAGGUCAUCGAGGAGACGGAGGAGCGGCUGAGCAAGGUGUCCUUCCGGGGCCUGAGGCGCCAGGUGUCCGCGUCCCAGCUGCGCACGUCCGGGAUCCUGGGCCCCGAGACCCUGCGGGACCUGGCCCAGGGCACCAAGACCCUGCAGGAGGUGACAGAGAUGGACUCGGUCAAGCGCUACCUGGAGGGCACGAGCUGCAUCGCGGGCGUGCUGGUGCCCGCCAAGGACGAGCCGGGGCGGCAGGAGAAGAUGAGCAUCUACCAGGCCAUGUGGAAGGGCGUCCUGCGGCCGGGCACGGCCCUGGUGCUGCUGGAGGCGCAGGCGGCCACCGGCUUCGUCAUCGACCCCGUGCGCAACCAGAGGCUGUCCGUGGAGGAGGCGGUGGCCGCGGGCGUGGUGGGCAGCGAGAUCCAGGACAAGCUGCUGUCGGCCGAGCGCGCCGUCACGGGCUACACCGACCCCUACACCGGGGAGCAGAUCUCCCUUUUCCAGGCCAUGAAGAAAGACCUCAUCGUCAGGGACCACGGCAUCCGCCUGCUGGAGGCCCAGAUCGCCACGGGCGGCGUCAUCGACCCCGUGCACAGCCACCGCGUGCCCGUGGAGGUGGCCUACCAGCGCGGCUACUUCGACGAGGAGAUGAACCGCGUCCUGGCGGACCCGAGCGACGACACCAAGGGCUUCUUCGACCCCAACACCCACGAGAACCUCACCUACGUGCAGCUGCUGCGGCGCUGCGUGCGCGACCCCGACACGGGGCUCUACAUGCUGCAGCUGGCCGACCGGGGCUCCGCCGUGCACCAGCUGAGCGAGGAGCUGCGCGGCGCCCUGCACGAGGCCCGUGUGACGCCGGGCUCGGGCGUCCUCCAGGGCCAGAGCAUCUCCAUCUGGGAGCUCCUCUUCUACCGGGAGGUGUCCGAGAGCCUGCGGGAGGACCUGCUGCGCCGGUACCGGGCGGGCGCGCUGACCGCGCAGGAGGUGGGCGCCGCCCUCACCUCGCUGCUGGCCCGGGCCGAGGACGGGAGCCCGCGCCCGGCCGCCCCAGACCCUCGGGGGACCCUGCGUGCCGCCACCAUGGAGGUCAAGGUGGGCCGCCUGCGGGGGCCGGCGGUGUCCGUGUGGGACGUGCUGGCGUCCAGCUACGUGGCCGGCGCCACGCGGGAGCAGCUGCUGGCCCAGUUCAGCUCGGGGACGCUGGGCUUGCCCGCACUGACCCGCAGGCUGACCAGCAUCAUCGAGGAGGCCGAGGCUGCCCACGGGACCGAGCAGGCGCAGGGGCAGGCCGCCGCAGGCCAGCCGGAGCUGGGGCCACCAGGGCGCGGUGAUGCCGACGCCGAGGCCGCCCGUCGCCUCCAGGAGCAGGCCCUACGUGCCGCCACCAUGGAGCUACAGGCCGGGCAGUUCCGAGGGCAGCUGGUCUCCGUGUGGGAGGUCCUCUUCUCCUCCUAUCUGAGCCCUGCCCGCCGGGACGAGCUCCUGGCCCAGCAUGCGGCCGGCGCCCUGGCUCUGCCCGCCCUCGUGGCCAUCCUCACCCAGGUCAUCGAGGAGACGGAGGAGCGGCUGAGCAAGGUGUCCUUCCGGGGCCUGAGGCGCCAGGUGUCCGCGUCCCAGCUGCGCACGUCCGGGAUCCUGGGCCCCGAGACCCUGCGGGACCUGGCCCAGGGCACCAAGACCCUGCAGGAGGUGACAGAGAUGGACUCGGUCAAGCGCUACCUGGAGGGCACGAGCUGCAUCGCGGGCGUGCUGGUGCCCGCCAAGGACGAGCCGGGGCGGCAGGAGAAGAUGAGCAUCUACCAGGCCAUGUGGAAGGGCGUCCUGCGGCCGGGCACGGCCCUGGUGCUGCUGGAGGCGCAGGCGGCCACCGGCUUCGUCAUCGACCCCGUGCGCAACCAGAGGCUGUCCGUGGAGGAGGCGGUGGCCGCGGGCGUGGUGGGCAGCGAGAUCCAGGACAAGCUGCUGUCGGCCGAGCGCGCCGUCACGGGCUACACCGACCCCUACACCGGGGAGCAGAUCUCCCUUUUCCAGGCCAUGAAGAAAGACCUCAUCGUCAGGGACCACGGCAUCCGCCUGCUGGAGGCCCAGAUCGCCACGGGCGGCGUCAUCGACCCCGUGCACAGCCACCGCGUGCCCGUGGAGGUGGCCUACCAGCGCGGCUACUUCGACGAGGAGAUGAACCGCGUCCUGGCGGACCCGAGCGACGACACCAAGGGCUUCUUCGACCCCAACACCCACGAGAACCUCACCUACGUGCAGCUGCUGCGGCGCUGCGUGCGCGACCCCGACACGGGGCUCUACAUGCUGCAGCUGGCCGACCGGGGCUCCGCCGUGCACCAGCUGAGCGAGGAGCUGCGCGGCGCCCUGCGCGAGGCCCGUGUGACGCCGGGCUCGGGCGUCCUCCAGGGCCAGAGCAUCUCCGUCUGGGAGCUCCUCUUCUACCGGGAGGUGUCCGAGAGCCUGCGGGAGGACCUGCUGCGCCGGUACCGGGCGGGCGCGCUGACCGCGCAGGAGGUGGGCGCCGCCCUCACCUCGCUGCUGGCCCGGGCCGAGGACGGGAGCCCGCGCCCGGCCGCCCCAGACCCUCGGGGGACCCUGCGUGCCGCCACCAUGGAGGUCAAGGUGGGCCGCCUGCGGGGGCCGGCGGUGUCCGUGUGGGACGUGCUGGCGUCCAGCUACGUGGCCGGCGCCACGCGGGAGCAGCUGCUGGCCCAGUUCAGCUCGGGGACGCUGGGCUUGCCCGCACUGACCCGCAGGCUGACCAGCAUCAUCGAGGAGGCCGAGGCUGCCCACGGGACCGAGCAGGCGCAGGGGCAGGCCGCCGCAGGCCAGCCGGAGCUGGGGCCACCAGGGCGCGGUGAUGCCGACGCCGAGGCCGCCCGUCGCCUCCAGGAGCAGGCCCUACGUGCCGCCACCAUGGAGGUACAGGCCGGGCAGUUCCGAGGGCAGCUGGUCUCCGUGUGGGAGGUCCUCUUCUCCUCCUAUCUGAGCCCUGCCCGCCGGGACGAGCUCCUGGCCCAGCAUGCGGCCGGCGCCCUGGCCCUGCCCGCCCUCGUGGCCAUCCUCACCCAGGUCAUCGAGGAGACGGAGGAGCGGCUGAGCAAGGUGUCCUUCCGGGGCCUGAGGCGCCAGGUGUCCGCGUCCCAGCUGCGCACGUCCGGGAUCCUGGGCCCCGAGACCCUGCGGGACCUGGCCCAGGGCACCAAGACCCUGCAGGAGGUAACAGAGAUGGACUCGGUCAAGCGCUACCUGGAGGGCACGAGCUGCAUCGCGGGCGUGCUGGUGCCCGCCAAGGACGAGCCGGGGCGGCAGGAGAAGAUGAGCAUCUACCAGGCCAUGUGGAAGGGCGUCCUGCGGCCGGGCACGGCCCUGGUGCUGCUGGAGGCGCAGGCGGCCACCGGCUUCGUCAUCGACCCCGUGCGCAACCAGAGGCUGUCCGUGGAGGAGGCGGUGGCCGCGGGCGUGGUGGGCAGCGAGAUCCAGGACAAGCUGCUGUCGGCCGAGCGCGCCGUCACGGGCUACACCGACCCCUACACCGGGGAGCAGAUCUCCCUUUUCCAGGCCAUGAAGAAAGACCUCAUCGUCAGGGACCACGGCAUCCGCCUGCUGGAGGCCCAGAUCGCCACGGGCGGCGUCAUCGACCCCGUGCACAGCCACCGCGUGCCCGUGGAGGUGGCCUACCAGCGCGGCUACUUCGACGAGGAGAUGAACCGCGUCCUGGCGGACCCGAGCGACGACACCAAGGGCUUCUUCGACCCCAACACCCACGAGAACCUCACCUACAUGCAGCUGCUCCAGAGGGCCACUCUUGACCCAGAGACUGGCCUCUUAUUUCUUUCCCUCUUUUAAGUGUGAAUGGACUUUGUAAUGUUCCUGUGUCCACUCUCAUGAAUAUCUUACAGUAUCUUUCCUCAUUUUCUCAUUUCCAACCUUUUUUUC